AUGUUGGGCGAGUUGAUCACGAAUAGUCUUGUAUUGGUUCUUGGAUAUGCGUAUCCAGCUUUCGAGUGCUUUAAAACGAUAGAGAAGCAAGGAGUAGGAAAUGCAGAAUUGCGAUUUUGGUGUCAAUAUUGGGUAAUUGUUGCAAUACUCACAGUAUUCGAAAGAGUAGGCGAUAUAUUCAUUUCAUGGGUUCCAAUGUAUGGAGAAUUAAAGCUAGCACUCAUUAUAUACUUAUGGUAUCCAAAAACCAAGGGUACAGGGUUUGUAUAUGAUACAAUGUUGAGGCCAUUUAUAUAUAGACAUGAAACCGAUAUAGAAAGAAGCUUAAAGCAAUUUAGAGACAGAGCAUGGGACGUGGCAAUUUACUAUUGGCAGAAUUCCACAGAAUUAGGUCAAACAAAGUUCUUUGAUAUCUUAGGCUAUUUAAUCUCAAAGCCAUCACCCUCAAGAACACAAUCUCAGGGGUUGCAAAAUCAUCAAAGUUCCGGUGACGGACGUCCGCCGCCGCCGCCAGUUACUCCAAGUCCGGUUUCAUUCGGAUCAGAGCAGUGGGCACCGACUGCUCCUCCAGCGCCAACCACCGUCCACCACCACCAAUACGCGGAGGAACUGCCUUUCCCGUCGUCGCCGAGUACGCAUAGUCAUAGUUCGGGUCAUAAAGAACCAGUUUGGCUAAGAUUUAGACGAUCUAGAGGACUUUGAUUCGUGAAAAGUAGGCAUAAGUCAUAUCUACAGAUUGUAAAGCAACAACAACAACAAAAUUUGUAUUCUAAUUCUUAUUAUUAAUUCGAUUGGUUUAUUGUUUCUACAAAUUGGAGAGAAAUUGAAACGAAUCCCCGAUUUGGGUGUUGUGCAGUUGACUUGAUUACCUUUUUUGUUAUAACCGGAAGUUGGUAGUUGUGAUUGGAGUACACCGGAGCAUGCAAUCGCAGAUUUGAGUAAAGAGAUGUAGGAAAGCGUCGGAGAAUCUAGUCCAGAGACGGUGGAAGAUGGUGGAUCCACCGGAUUCAGGGGAGGUCGACAUGGGUUGAAGGUACGCCCAGGCGGCCUGUUUCACGAGCCGGUUUCUGAUCGAAAUCUCGUAACCUGAAU